AUGUUGAUGAGACUAUAUCUCAAUUCUGUCUGUAUACUGACCAAAAUUGCUCUAGUAAAAGAUGUUGGAUCAUCAACAGCGGCUGUGGAUCCUAUGGAAUACAUGGUUAAAGAAGAUUUUAUGGGGCAUGACGGCAAAAUAUAUCAGAUGAGAAUGACUCAUGAUAAGAAAUACAUGGCUACAGUGGGGCAGGAUGAAUUUGCCAUUAUAUGGGACACGGCGUCUGGUCAUAAAACAGAUGCUAUUCAACUAGAAAACGGGUUUGUAUUAUCACUUGGAUUAAGUCCGUCUGGAAAACUGUUAGGAACAGGAGGUCUUAAAAACGUCAGUGAAGUGUUCAGGGUCAAUGGAGCCAACAGCGAAAUUUUCGAGACGGAAGAAGAGUAUGAUGAAGACGAUGAGUUUGAUGAUGAUACAGCCAGUACACCACCAAUACGAUUUCGAACCCGAGUUCCUGCUGCGUCAUUUAAAGGACAUCGAGGGUUUGUGACGGAGAUGGUGUUUCUGACAGAAGACCGAGUAAUCACUGGAUCAGGAGAUUCUACAUCGGGACUAUGGGAUGUAGAAACAAGCACCUGUAUUAGACUGUUUAGCAAAUCAGAGCACAAGGGAGGUAUUAAUACUGUAACAAGACAUCCGUUUGACAAUAACUUGUUUGCGACAGGUUCUGCAGAUGGAAUAGUCAAGGUCUGGGAUGUCAGAGACCGUCACAGCAAAUUCACAUUUUUCGGUCACAAAGCCGAUGUCCAGUGUGCACAAUUCUUCCCAGACGGAAAUGCCAUUGGAUCUAGUGCUGAAGACGGCACCAUCCGCAUAUUCGAUCUCCGCAGCGACUGUCAAGUAGGAAUCCAUCAGAGCGACGAUAUCCCGUCUCCAGUAACGUCAAUUUGUUUCUCUACUUCAGGCCGCACCAUGCUCAUCGGGUACGAAGAUGGCUCGUGUGGAUCCAUGGACAUUCUACGAGGAACCUGGGUCAACCACCUGGUUGGCCACACCGAUGUGGUCAGCUCCAUCUGUAUCUCCGACCGCUACGGCCUGAUCUUCACCUCCAGCUGGGACGGCACCUUACGAGCAUGGAACGCGACCAUGUAA